AUGGAACUUGUUGUUGGUGAUCUGUGUUUUAUAAAAUCUGGUGAUUUUUUACCAGUUGAUGGUUUAAUUGUUCGAGCAAAUGAUCUUGCAGUUGAUGAAUUUUCUAUAACAGAUGUUGCACUUUUCUCAGGUACAGAAGUGAAAGAAGGUAAUGGUCAAAUGGUUGUUGUUGGCGUUGGUCCUAAUUCUACUGCAGGAUAUGUUCUUAGUUUACUUCGGGGAUCAGCAGAGUAUUGGAAAGAUAACAACGAAGGGGAAAAGAAAUAAAAAUAUAUGAUUCAAAUAAUAGACCUUCUAUUUCGAAUAUGAACAAAAUAUAUAUAAAAUAAAGUUAAUUCUAUUUUUAUGUUAUUCUUAUGCCCACUUCACUUCCAAUAUAUUCAAUAAAAUAAAAAUAAUAGGAUUUAGAUUUCGAAUAUCUCAAGUGCUUCAUAUUGA